UGGCAACAGAGGGCCAGUCCCCCUCCCUCGGUGCUUCCGAAGAGACGCGUCCUACCUAGGGAGGGGGAUGCAUUUAGGAGUUCAGGAUGGGCCUGAGGGAAUGGGAUUCCUCCUCCCUUUGGACCUCCAACAGGACACUUCUUCACCACUAUCCCCAGAGAUGGCUCUGGGACAAAGAGGAGGGCUAGGAACUCCUUCAGCCAUGAGAUGUCCCCAACAGCCAUGGGGGGACAAACUGAACCAAAGGACAAUGCUAUGGAAACCCUUGGGCUCGGAUGACGGUGUCUUACAGACCAAGGUCGUUGAAAACCAGCCAUAUGAUGAGAGUCUAGAAAUUAAUGACUCUGAAGAGGUUGCGAGCAUUUAUACUCCUACUCCAAGGCACCAAGUCUGUGUUGAAUGCCCGGAAACUGGCCCAGGUUACUUUCAAGGACUACCUCGGUCUGCACGCCUCCCUCCCAAAACCAUGGGUGACAACAGCAGUGAUGAAUAUGAAGAGGAGAACAACAAGGUCCCGAGGGAGGGCAUCCCACAGCCCCCAGGCCACAGAGGCAAAGACUCGGACCCUGCCCCUCCUGCCCCUGCAAGCCCCAAGCGCCACCACGCCCCUUCCCGUGGACCUGAGAGGGUGGGAUGGUAUAUAGGGAGCCAGAAGCUCAGAAAGGAGAAGAAAAAGACAUCUCAGAUGGCCACUCAGCGUGGUUUCAGUGAGAAUGAGGAUGAAGAUGAAGAUGAUGAUUCAUCUGAGACUGACUCUGAUGAAGAUGAUGAUGAUGAAGAACAUGGUGCCCCUUUGGAAGGUGCAUAUGACCCUGCAGAUUAUGAACAUUUACCAGUCUCUGCUGAAAUAAAAGAGCUCUUCCAGUAUAUCACUAGGUACACACCACAGCUUAUUGAUCUGGACCACAAACUGAAACCUUUCAUUCCAGACUUCAUCCCAGCUGUUGGGGAUAUUGAUGCCUUCUUAAAGGUCCCACGUCCUGAUGGGAAGCCUGACAACCUUGGCUUAUUGGUAUUGGAUGAACCAUCAACAAAGCAGUCUGAUCCUACAGUACUUUCCCUUUGGUUGACAGAGAAUUCCAAGCAGCACAACAUCACACAACAGAUGAAAGUGAAGAGCCUUGAAGAUGCAGAAAAGAAUCCCAAAGCCAUUGACACUUGGAUAGAGAGCAUCUCUGAGCUCCAUCGUUCUAAACCCCCAGCCACUGUUCACUAUACCAGGCCCAUGCCAGACAUUGACACUCUGAUGCAAGAGUGGUCCCCAGAAUUUGAGGAACUUUUAGGCAAGGUGAGCCUGCCCACAGCUGACAUUGAUUGUAGCCUAGCAGAAUACAUUGACAUGAUCUGUGGGAUUUUUUAUUUUAGCUAUCCUGGACAUUCCUAUCUACAAGAGCCGGAUUCAGUCCCUUCACCUGCUAUUUUCCCUCUACUCUGAGUUCAAGAAUUCCCAGGAAAGAGGAAGUGUUGACUGAUAACUUAAGAAAUCGGAUAUCUACUAAAGGUAUUAAAGUUAGUAGCAGCUUAAGUAAACCGUUUCAAUCCAACCUGGUACCCUCAUUUUUCCUAAAUGAAGGUUAUUGAUAGCUCCAUCUUCAAACCCUGAAACAAUUUUAUGUUUAUGUUAAUAAAAACACAUAUGUAUAUACCCAGUAUGUCAAGCCCAGGAGUAUAUCCUCCCUCCCCAGCCUAGUUGUAUUCGUCUGGGUACCCAGUGAAUCCCUGAUAGUAAGUCUGAUGAAAAGGAAGGAAGCAGUUGUUCUAUGAGAAUAAAAUGUUCAUUGAAGCUUUUAUGAAAAUUAGGAGAUCAUUCCAGGCUAUCAGAAAAGUUAUAGACCCCCUAUUCCUUCAGAGGUAAGGCCAAGUUGCCAGUUACUCAGAUUCAUGUCUGGAUGAAUGUAUCAGCCUCUCAUAUGAGUUCCCUGUUCCAGUCUCCCUAACAUAAAUGUAAGAAUAAUCUUCAGUUUUCAUUAUUUUUAACUCCUAAAAGGUAAUUCACUGACUGCCUUUUGCCCAUUUGCUUUGUGAUUCCUGAGCAAAUCACUUAAUUGUUAUAUUCCUCAGUGUCUCUUUCAGUAAAAUGGGGAAAUAAUUCCUAAUCUACCCAUUUCGUAGGAUUAGCAGUGAGAAUGAAAAAGAAUAUAUGUACAGACUUCUGAGUAGCUUACAUAUAUAUUCCAUUUCAACAAGCAUUAAUUAAACAUUUGCUAUUCUAUUCAGUAAACAUUAAGCACCUACUAUGUUGUCAGGCACUGUGCUAAGCACUAGCAAUACAAAUAAGAAAAAGACAGGCCUACCUUUAAGGAGUUUACUGUCUCAUAGGAAAAGAUAGUACAGAAAAAGGGUGUAGGAGGACCACCAGGGAGUGCCCUGCUGGGAAAGUGUGAUGUUUGUGAAGUCUUGAAAUCAAGCAGAACUACCUACUCACUGAUGGAAGAUGCAGAGCUACCUGAAACAUAGCAAACCCUCUAUAAAGGAAGAUCUUGGGAGGAGUUUUAACACUCUGCCUUUCAGUCUUUCUCAGAGAGGGGAGGCAUCUGAGGGAUCCAAGGUGUGGAGUAUCAAAAACUGAGUCUAUGAAGUGAUGAGCUUUAUCCUGGGGGUGACCUGAUGCUUGACAAGCAGAGCUGCUGAUGGGGGAGGGGGAGGAAAUCAUGUGCUAAGAGCAUCUCUUUCAUCAACCUUUCUCUUACUCCCCAACUUGAACUCUGCUUCUAUCGAGCUAAGCAAUUUCAAUUGUUAGAGAUUAUAGAGACCAUAUUCUUCAACACAACAGAAGUCAAAAGAGGCUGAGGCACAAGUCUUCUCUACUCAUUCUGUUUCACCACCCUACACUACAUAUGUUCCCACUUCGGAGCUUUUAUGAAAGUCAUUUCCCCUGCUUAAAAUAAUGUCUUUUUACUCUUUGAUAAUUUGGAUAAUUUGUAACCCCCCUCUUUCAAAAUAUCCCUGUGCUUCUAUUAUAUAUGUUAAUAUCAUAAAUCUAUAUUGUACAUAUAUCAUAGUGAUAAGGCAGCAUGGUAUAGUAACAGGGGACAAAUUUUGAGUCAGAGGACAUGGGUUCCAGUGUCAGAAUUAUUGCUUACUAGCUAACUGUAACUGAGCAGGCCAUUUAACCUCUGGGCCUCGAUUUCUUCAUCUGUAAAAUGAAGGGGGUGGAUUAUAUUUAAAUUCCCAUUCAGCUCUGAAUCCUUUGAUUUUAGGGGUACUCUCUACAACUCUCUACAGAUUACAAUCCUUCUGCAUCUUCCUGUCUUGUGUAGUUCUUGUCCCAACCCUCUCAUAAAUCAUCUGUUGGUAGCCUACCCACCAUCCUGGAGACCUUUCUGUAAGUCACUUGAACGCUUUGUUGGUGUGCCAUCCUUCAUUCUUCUUUCCUCUUUACAUGAACAGAAUGACCUUUUGUGGCAUACGUUUUCUGAAUGAUAUCUUUUAUAUCCAAGUAAUGGUUGGGAAUAGGAAGACCUUUGCAUGCAACAUUUCACAAAAAACCCAGUCUUUAUCAUACAAAACUGUCAAGUGGCAGAGAACACAAAAUCUUACUGUGCUCAUUUAAUGACUUGUAAAAAGCAUUUUAUUUGGUAGAGUAAAACAGAACUUCAGCAAAAUGCUGCUCAUGCACACAUCAAAACCAUGGAAGGUUUCUUAAAAGGUAUAUAACCUUUGUUCAGUGACAUUCUGAGCAUGUGUAUCAGGUGAGACAUAAAAUAGAUAUAUGCUCAUCAGAUGUCACCACUGCCUGCAGAGCACAGAGGCCAAGCUGAAGAAGCUCCUAUAAAUGAAGUCUUCUAGAAGUUCCCAUUUGCAAAUAUUAUUGAGUUCCAGAACAUAGAAGAGCCUCCUAGAUAAAAUCAAUAACCUCUCAAAAGAGGUUGCCCUAACCAUAACUUUAAAAAUAAAGAGGAAGGAGCUAGGAGGCUCAUUGGAUUGAGAAUCAGUCCUAGAAAUGGGAGGUCCUAGGUUUAAAUCUGGCCUCAAAGACACUUCCUAGCUGGGUGACCCUGGGCAAGUCACUUAACCUCUAUUACUUAGCCUUUACCGUUCAUCUGCCUUGGAACUAGUAUUGAUUAUAAGAUGAAAGGUAAAGGUUUUUGUUUUUUGUUUGUUUGUUUUAAACCCUUACCUUCCAUCUUGGAGUCAAUACUGUGUAUUGGCUCCAAGGCAGAAGAGUGGUAAGGGCUAGGCAAUGGGGGUCAAGUGACUUGCCCAGGGUCACACAGCUAGGAAGUGGCUGAGGCCAGAUUUGAACCCAGGACCUCCCGUCACUAGGCCUGGCUCUCAAUCCACUGAGCUACCCAGCUGCCCCCUAAAGGUUUUUUUAAAAAUUAAGACUAGCUUAUGUCCAGCUUAUGACAAAGUUAGGUGGACAACCUAUAGAACUGCAGAGCUUGUGUGUAAGUGUGUCUUGGGCAGUCUGCAAAUGGGCAAUGAAUUAUACCCCAAGUUAAAUAGGAAUAGUGUAGACCAGAUUACCUUUGAGAGUUCAGAAAGUUUUUAUGACCCUCAAAUAAAAGUUUGCCUUCUUGAUAGAGAUAUUCUUCAGGUAACAUUGUAGGGUUGUAAGUUGUGGAACACUGUGGUCUUUGAAGAAUUAAAAAUGAGUAUCAGAGAGGGCAAUCGAGAGACACAUGGUAGAUGUGUAAAGUGUAUAACAUGUAACGAAGUGUAACCAGAAUAAAGGAUCCCCUAAGAAAUGAAGGUAGGUUGGCCACACAUUGAGGGGGAAGGAUUAGUGACAGCCCAUGUGUUCUACUGGAUUCCUUGAAUUUGUCAAGAGAAUAUGAAAUUUCCCAGUCUAUGGAGACUCUCAGUGAUAAAUUAGGGGAGCGUAUAAAUAAGGGGUACACACAGGAAGUCAUGGAUGGCUUGCUAUCUUGAGCAUUAGAAGGAAUAUCCAUAUUGUGAUCAUAGCCAUUUGUAUAUAUCACUUAAAUAUUUGUUUUAAAUUUUUUUCCUUUGGAAACUUGACAGACAUUAAACAUGACCAUUUCUAUAAACAAAGAAUGGAAAAAAUAAUAUAUAUGAAAUGAAUUUCUAUUAGUCCAGCUUGUUUUUCUGUUAGCUUUUUGUAAUGGUUCACAGAUGGGAGCAUCUAGGUGACUCAGUGAAUUGAGAGCCAGGCCUGGAAACAAGAGGUCCUGGAGUCAAAUCUGGCCUCAGAUGUUUCCUAGCUGUGUGACCCUGGCAGAUCACUUAACCUGCAUUGCCUAGCCCUUACUGUUCUGCUUUGGAAAUGAUACUAAGUGUUGAUUCUAAAGCAGAAGUUAAGGAUUGUUGGUUUUUUUAAUGUUUCACAGACAUGUCUUGGUAUUAGUUAUUGCUUCCUCAUGUCUCCCAUAUUUCUCAACCCCAAAAGGCAAAAACUUUCCCUUAUAAUAAAUACAAUUGAACAAAACAAAUUCACACAUUGACUGUGGCUGAAAAUUUCUUAAUUCCACAUCUUUAGUCCAUCACCUCUUUAUCAAGAGGAAGGAUCUGUGAUUCAUUGUCAGUGUUCUGGAGUCAUGAUUGACCACUGCAAUAUUAAGAGUUCUUGAGUCUUUUGAUAUUGUUUCCCUUUAUAAUAUCAUCAUUCUGUAAAUGGUUUUGGUUCUACACACUUCGUUUUACAUUGGUUAGGUCUUUCCAAGUUUAUUUAAAUUGGUCCCUUUCAUAAUUAACAUAUUUUUCUAAAUUACAUGUAUUAACUAUUUUCAGCACGUUUUCUGUAAUUAUAAGAUCCAGUCUUCCUCUCUCCCUUCCCACUUUCCUCCCUGAAAUGGCAAGCAAUUUGGUCUGGGUUCUAUAUGUACUUUUCACAAUUUCUUAAAUCCUAAUACUAUUCCAUUUUAAAUUUAUAUAUCAUAGUUUACUUAGACAUUCCCAAUGCUGUAUUACUUCUGAUUCUUUGCUGCAACUGAAAGCACUGAUACUAGCAUUUUGUUUUAUGAAGGGAGUGCUUGGGCCAAAUUAAACUAGCUCUUAAUUUCUAAAUUUUCAGCAUGAUCAUUUAUGCUUCAGAAAUUGGCAAACACUUCAAUCCAGGGCUUGAUUUCUUGUUUUUGAAUUGCCUACAUCUAAAGCAAUGGAGCAAAUAAUGCAGAUUAAACUAACAUACUUCAGUAUGUUAGAAGUACAUUUUUUUUCCCCCAAAGAGUUGGUGGAUACAUUUACCAGGAUAUAGUCGAUCCCUGUUCUGUUAUUCUUUGUUUUUUACUUCUGAGACAAACCUAGAUAGUGGUAUCUCUGGUUGAAAUAUAUGCAUAGUUCAAUGACUUUGAGGACAUAGUUCCAAAUUGCUUUGCAGAAUAUUUGGGCCAUAGCUCCAUUAAUAGAGGGUGGCUAGGUAGCACGGUGGAUAGAGAGCAAGGCCUGGAGAUGUGAGGUCUUGGGUUCAAAUAUGACCAUAGACAUUUCCUAGCUGUGUGACCUUGGACAAGUCCCCUAACUGCUUAGCCCUUAUUGCUCUUCUGUUUUAGAAUGGAUUCUAUUGAUAUCCAAGUAUUGAUACUUGGAUAUUUAGAAGAUAAAGAUAUAAAAGAAAACAGUUUUCUCAUAUCCCCUCUAACAACUGUCACUUUCCAUUUUUGCCAUCUUUGUCAAUCUGAUGAUGUGAAAUUACAAACUUGUGCCUUUUCCUUAUUUUUUGCGAUUUGGGGUAUUUUUUUCAUACGGUAGUUGAUUGCUUACAUUUCUCUCUCUUUAAAAUCCUUUCCUUCUGUCUUAGAACCUUGGAUAAGGACUAGGUAAUUGGAGUCAAGUGAAUUCUUCAGGAUCACAUAGCUAGGAAAUGUCUGAGGUCAAAUUUGAACCCAGAAUUUCCUAUCUCCAGGAAAUUCCUGUCUCUAUCCAUUGAGCUGCCUAGCUUCCUUGCUUAUACUUCUUUGAAGAGCUGCUUAUUCAUAUCCUUUGCUGUAUUGGAGAAUUUUGUCUCAAAGUUGGAUUCAAUUCUCACUUCUGAUACAUCUUGACUGGGUGACCCAGGGCAAGUCAUGGCCUCUCAUUGUUCUAAGCAACUCAAGUUGUAGGAAAGGUGACAGCUUGCAUGGGUGGGGUUUCCUCAUAGAGUUGUUCCCUAUUCCAGAGAAAUUCUAGGUCCAGUCUCUAUCCCCUUAAAGUGAAAAGCUAUGGGAUCACCUGGGCUACUCCAUAGAUUCUCCCAAAACAGAAAGUGUAGUUGCCCUUAAUAAACUUAUGCUAUAUUUGGGGAGAAAAUAUGAAUAUAUAUGAUGACAGGUAUUUUAUUGGCAACUUUCUAUGUAUUCAACACAGAACUAAGCAAUAGAAUUUUUUAAUAAAAUAUUAACAAGAGAAAAAA